AUGGGAUUAUGUAUUUCUACUAAAGAAGGUGAACAAUAAAUGACUGAGGAAUUGAUGAAAGCACCUACAGCUACAUUUGAACAAAUUGAAGAGACUGGUGAGUAGGUGUUUAUUGAUGAUAAUCGUGACGCAAUUCUAAAAUUGAAUGAUUUUCAAUUUGAAAAAGUCUUAGGAAGAGGAUCUUUUGGAAAGGUUAUGUUAGUUACACAUAAGGAAACUAAUAAAUUAUAUGCAAUGAAAAUAUUAAGAAAAGAGAUGAUUGAAAAGAGAAAUUAGAGAUUGCAUACGUAGAAUGAAAGAGCAAUUCUUGAAAAUGUUAAUAACCCUUUCAUAGUAUAAUUACAUUAUGCAUUCUAAACUAGAACUAAAUUAUAUCUUAUUAUGGAUUUUCUAAUUGGAGGUAUUUUUAUUUUGUAACUAGUUUAGGGGAAUUGUUUUUUCAUUUAAGAAGGGCUUUUCGUUUUUAAGAAGAAAGAGCAAAAUUUUAUACUGCUGAAUUAAUUUUAGCAAUAGAAUAUUUACAUAAAUGUGAUAUAAUAUAUAGAGAUUUAAAACCAGAAAAUAUUUUAUUAGAUAUGGAAGGACAUCUGAAAAUAACAGAUUUUGGAUUAUCUAAAAUAAAUGUUAAGGAUGAUGAAAAAACAAAUACAUUUUGUGGUACACCUGAGUAUUUGGCACCUGAAAUUUUAUUAGGAGGAGGACAUAAUAAAUGUGUAGAUUGGUGGAGUUUAGGUGCAUUACUUUAUGAAAUGCUUGCAGGUGCUCCACCUUUUUAUUCAAAAGAUAAAACAUAAAUGUUUAAAAAUAGACUUGAAAAACCAAUAGAAAUGAAAGAUUGGUUUUCAAGUGCUGCUAGAUCUAUAUUAAAUGGAUUAUUAUAGAAUGAUGUAUAUUUUUACAAUUUAAUCAGCCUACCAAAAGAUUAGGAGUAAAUGGAAGUUAAGAAAUUAAAGAUCAUGAAUUCUUUAGAGAAAUUGAUUGGGAUAAAUUAUAUAAUAAAUAAAUUCAACCUCCAUUUAAACCAAAAGUUUUUGGUCAUAAAGAUUUGAGACAUUUUGAUGAUAUGUUUACAAAAGAACCUCCUUAGGAUACACCAAUAAAUAGAAUAUAGAAAUAUGAAACUUAUGAAUAGUUUACUUUUAUCAAGACAAAUGAUCUUAAAGAUUCUAAUUAAGAUGAAGAGAAAUUUAUUGAAGUGAAUAAAAACUUUAUAUUAUAAAAAAUUUGA